ACUAUACCCCCGAGGAUGCUGGCAGGGACACUCUGACUCAUUAAGGGAGAACUUACUGUGUCAGCAAAGAGUGGAGAAGUAAUCCUCCCAGAUAUCACACCAAAGGAACUGUCAGCAAUAUUUCCACCAUCUGGCCAGAUGGAGACCACCACUGGAAUCACAGAUGAGAAUGCCAUAAACACCACCAACAACUUCUUUUCCAUACUCCAUUCCCUAGAUUACCAAGUUGCUUCCUUCCCAUUCAACUUCAGCUAUGGGGACUAUGAUACGACCUUGUAUGAAAAUGAAGAUAUAACUGAUUCUAAAACUUUCUUUGUUGCUAAGAUUGUAAUUGGCAUGGCCCUGGUAGGCAUCAUGCUGAUCUGUGGCAUUGGAAAUUUCAUUUUCAUUGCUGCUGUGGCCCGCUACAAGAAACUGCGUAAUCUCACCAACUUACUCAUUGCCAACCUAGCCGUCUCUGACUUCCUGGUGGCUAUUGUCUGCUGUCCCUUUGAGAUGGACUACUACGUGGUGCGCCAGCUCUCCUGGGAGCACGGUCAUGUCCUGUGUGCCUCUGUCAACUACCUGCGUACUGUCUCUCUCUACGUCUCCACCAAUGCCCUGCUGGCCAUUGCCAUUGACAGAUAUAUGUCCAUUGUCCACCCACUGAGACCCCGGAUGAAGUAUCAAACAGCCACUGGCUUGAUUAUCUUGGUGUGGGCAGUGUCCAUUCUUAUCGCCAUUCCUUCGGCCUACUUCACCACAGAGACAGUCCUCAGUGUUGUCAAGAACCAGGAGAAAAUCUUCUGUGGCCAGAUCUGGUCAGUGGACCAGCAGAUCUACUAUAAAUCCUACUUCCUCUUCAUCUUCAGCGUAGAGUUUUUGGGUCCAGUGAUUACCAUGGCUGUGUGCUACAUCAGGAUCUCCCAGGAACUCUGGUUCAAAACCGUCCCUGGUUUCCAGACGGAGCAGAUCCGGAAGCGGCUGCGCUGCAGGCGGAAGACUGUCCUGGUGCUCGUGUGCAUCCUCACCGCCUACGUGCUGUGCUGGGCCCCCUUCUACGGAUUCACCAUUGUGCGCGACUUCUUCCCCUCUGUGUUUAUAAAGGAGAAGCACUACCUUACAGCCUUUUACGUGGUUGAGUGCAUUGCCAUGAGCAACAGUAUGAUCAACACCCUGUGCUUUGUCACCUUCAAGAACAACACCAUCAAGUACUUCAAGAAGAUCAUGCUGUUCCACUGGAGGAGGGCUCCUUUCAAUGGGAGUAAGUCCAGUGCAGAUCUUGAUUUCAAAACCACAGGAUUACCUGCCACAGAAGAAGUAGACUGCAUCAGGCUGAAAUAACUCCCUGGCCCUUUCCAGCUGUAAACAGACAGGACCUCUGGGACAUAGUCCAAUGUGCUUAGAUGUGCACUCUAAUCCUAGAACAUUUGGUUUGCUGCAGAGGGUAGAGGAAAUGGACAAGUGUGUGAAUUCUGUGUUUAAAGAGCUCAGAAUUUCUAAAAUUGGUGUGUUUAGAUACCGUAACCAGUGGCCAACCAUCAUUGUAUGUGCAAUCUGUGCUAAGAGUAGAGACAAGUGAAGUCUAUUUAUGUUGAUGAAAUUAAAUUGGUUAAACCAACCAAUUUAAUUGGGGUUAUUAGUCUGUAAUAAGUUGUUUUCCUGAAGAGGACUGGAAUAGGUAGACAUCUAGAACUAUACUACAUUUGUCUUUAGGCGAGAGCCUCCCUGGACCUUCUCAUCUACUAUCAGACACUGAUGUAGCCUCUUUCUAGGAUUGUUCUUAGAUUUGAUCUUGCUUCUGAUAUUUGCAUUAUUGGGGCAAGAAUGUAAGAAAAUUUGUCAGCACUCUGACUCUUUCUCUCUGUGUAACAUUUCUCAUCUUGGUCCUGAUUUUUACUGUGAUGACCCUUAUACACAUGCUCAUGAACUGUCCAGUAUGUAUGGUUAAGUUUUAUCCAGACUCUCCACACAAUACCUGGUAACCACUUCUUGAGCACAAGAUUGUAGGUUUACAUAUGGAGGCUUAUUAUCAGUUAUCAGAAUGAACCUUGGUAAGUAGCUACAUAGACCCUGGAAACCUAUUGGACAGGGAAUUGGCUUCAGUGUUCUUGGAGCAAAUGGGAAAGGAAAAGCCUGGUUUGAUGAACAUCCUCUUGCCUAAUGGAGGUGGAUGCAGACAUGUGGGGCUCAAGGUAAGUGCUCAGAUUCUUUGGGCCCAAGGAUAAUACUGCUCCCACCUCUCAGUUAUUCUGACUUUGACAAGUUGAACUUUACCACAAGGUCUCUUUCUUUUCACAGAAGUGUGGAAUCUUUGAAAGGAUGCACAACACCUUAUGGAUGUGACUGUCAGUCAUGUCCUCCUUCCACCAUUUUUCUCCCUUUUUUGGAAUGACUUGAGAGCAAGAGGUCUUUGCCACAGGGCUAUAUAUCACACUAUAUAAUAUUUUUUUCUGUGGGUUAAAAGCUUGCUUCCUGUGUAAAGUAGAGCUACUCUUGGGAACCAUAACCUACCACACUUCUACUCUUCAGUGUGCAUGAAAUAGUGUGAUAAAAAUCACUUGUGGGGAGUCGGGCGGUAGCACAGUGGGUUAAGCACACGUGGUGCAAAGCACAAGAACCGGCUAAGGAUCCCAGUUCGAGCCCCCAGCUCCCCACCUGCAGGGGAGUCGCUUCACAGGCAGUGAGGUAGGUCUGCAGGUGUCUCUGUUUCUCUUCCCCUCUCUGUCUUCCCCUCCUCUCUCCAUUUCUCUCUGUGCUAUCCAACAACAAUGACAUCAAUAACAACAACAAUAAUAACUGCAACUAUAAAAAUGACAAGGGCAACAAAAGGGAAAAUAAAUAAAUAUUUUUUAAAAAAUCACUUGUGGAGUCCUGAGCCCCAUGCAAGGAAAUGGACAUCCUGGACAUCUUGGACAUCCAAAUGGCUUAUAGUAGAAGGAACUGGUAGUGAGUUUCAGUGAUUUCAUAGGUUUUUGAGGGCUCAUUCUACUUUUAAUCCAUUUCCUUUUGUUGGUGUUUUCAAUUGUGCAAUGUGGAAUUUUGAAACCAGAAGCUAUGGUUUCAUCUUCGACUCUGUCACCAGUGGUAGCCCUGGAGACGCAGGUAUUACCUCAGAAGAGAAGAAGGUAAUACCUUUAGUCGCCACUGAUGUGGUGGUCAUGAAAAGUCAAUGAGAUAACCUGUUCAACUACACAAAGAAUCAAAAGAUCCAGCUACUAACUAUAUUUAGAAUAUAUAUAAAUGGGGGAGUCGGGCUGUAGCACAGCGGGUUAAGCGCAGGUGGCGCAAAGCACAAGGACCGGCGUAAGGAUCCUGGUUCGAACCCCGGCUCCCCACCUGCAGGGGAGUCGCUUCACAGGCGGUGAAGCAGGUCUGCAGGUGUCUAUCUUUCUCUCCUCCUCUCUGUCUUCCCCUCCUCUCUCCAUUUCUCUCUGUCCUAUCCAACAAUGACAACAACAAUAAAAAAACAAGGGCAACAAAAGGGAAUAAAUAAAUAAAAUAAAUAUUUAAAAAAAUAAUAAUAAAAUAAAAUAAGAAUAUAUGUAAAUGGGGAAAUACUUGUACCCUUGGCUUAUGAGACAUCAUAUCCUUUAUUUAUUCAUUUUGUGAGCUGUUCCUUUAACCAUUUUAGCAGUGCUAUGCACACUGUAUUGGAGAUGACAUGUUGGUUCAAUCAGUGGGAUGUGGUGACCAAAGUGCAGAGAAAUGAUACAUUGAUCUCUAGUCAAGAUACAAGCAGAGAGUUUUAGAAACUUCAGAAUCAAAGCAUCUUUGUGAUCAUGGAAAUAUUGACUAACUUCAUAUGCCUGAUCUCAGCCCGCAUACAUCUGGGCAAUGUGGUAUCCGUUCCUCAAUCUUUAUACAAUUGUAUAGUGGACUUGUCGUUUAUUUUUUAAAUAGCACCAAAGCAACAAUUUAUAAGGCUAUUCAAGUGACAGCUACAUGCAUUUCCUUCUCCAAAUGUAGUCAGCAAUUUUUGGCAGCAACGUUAACUUUUUAUAGUUAAUUUCCCUGUAAUAUUUAUUUUUAAAAAUUUCUUUAUUGGGGGAUUAAUGGUUUAAAGUUGACAGCAAAAUACAAUAGUUUGUAUAUGCAUAACAUUUCCCAGUUUUCCACAGAAUAAUUCAACCCUCACUAGGUCCUCCUCUGCCAUGAUGUUCCAGGACCUGAACACCCCCCUCCCCCAACACACACCCCAGAGUCUUUUACUUUGGUGCAGUACACCAACUCUAGUCCAAGUUCUGCUUAGUGUGUUCCCUUCUGAUCUUGUUUUUCAGCUUAUGCCUAUGAAUGAGAUCAUCCCAUACUGUAACACCUAUUUCAAAACCUAUUUUCUAUUUGCCAACAGACAUUCACAUAGUUCAUUCAAAGUAUUGAAAAAGACAAACAAAAAAACCACCUAAAAUAUGAACCUCAACCCAACAUGCCUUAGAUAGUAAUUAUUAAAAGAAUAAAAUCAUAUUUAAUUCAUAUAUUACAUUCUAUAAUCAUGUAACUUGGAUUUGGGACUAAAAUAAUAAAAUAAUUAAUUUAUUGUCAUUAUUUUCACCUUUUUCACUAGGAAUACCAAAUAAAUAUAGACUAGUAAAUAGUCAUUUUUUUUCUGUGAAAACCAAAUCCUUCUGCUUUUCAGCCUAAAGUGUAUCAUUUAUUUGCUUGUUUAAUUUCUAUAGUAUAUGUAGACAUUGUGUCUGGUUGUGAGUUUACAGUGAAUGGAAGUGUAUUAUCACCAUGUUAAAUAAAAGAUACACAUGUAUAUAA